CAGAAAUCUGAUAUUUGAUUGAUCUUCUUCAGCUCGUGCGGGUCUGGUAUUGGAGCUGCCUUCCUGUCACUGUGGGGCUGCUGCUGCUGCGCUCUGGGCGUUUUCAGCAGAGGUUUCAACACCUCCCUUCACACGCAGCUUAAAUCCGGAGUGAAACCCUCUGCGAGGUGUCAGUGUCCUGCGUGACUGAGCUGAGACGCAGCGAUGGAGCUUUUCUCUGCGUUCGUCUGCGCCGCGGUGGUCUGCGUGGUCUCUGCCGGGGUCCACGACAUACACUGGACUUAUACAGAGGGGGCUUUGGACCAAAUGCACUGGCCAACCAAGUACCCUGCAUGCGGAGGCAAGAAGCAGUCUCCCAUUGACAUCCAGAGGCGCAGCGUGAGGCACAACCCGGACAUGUUACAGCUGGAGCUCAGCGGAUACGAUGCCCAGAAAGGCAAUUUCCUCAUGUCCAACAACGGACACUCCGUUCAAAUCGAUCUCCCUCCCACCAUGGUGAUCACCAAGGGCCUCCCCGGAAAGUACACGGCCGUGCAGAUGCACCUGCACUGGGGCGGCUGGGACCUGGAGGCCAGCGGGGCCGAGCACACCAUCGACGGCAUCCGCUACAUGGCAGAGCUCCACGUCGUCCACUACAACUCUGACAAGUACGCCAGCUUCACCGAGGCCAAAGACAAGCCGGACGGCCUGGCGGUGCUGGCCUUCUUCUAUGAUGAUGGUCACUUUGAGAACACCUACUACAGUGAUUUCAUCUCAAACCUGGACAAAAUCAAAUACGCCGGACAGUCCAUGCACAUAUCGGACGUCAACGUGCGCUCCAUGCUCCCGGAGAACCUGAACCACUUCUUCCGGUACCAGGGCUCGCUCACCACGCCGCCCUGCUACGAGAGCAUCCUGUGGACGGUGUUCGACACCCCCAUCACCCUCUCGCACAACCAGAUUAGGAAACUUGAGAGCACUCUGAUGGACAUGGACAACAAGACCCUGUGGAACGACUACCGCAUUGCUCAGCCGCUCAACGACCGGGUGGUGGAGUCUUCGUUCCUCCCACGCCUCGGAAAAGGAACUUUUUGCCGACAAGACGAAAUCGAGUCGAAGCUCCUGAAGAUUGAGGGUCUGAUCACGUCUCUGGGCAAAAACAUCCAUUCAGGAGGUCUUCGCAACACGAAGACCACCAGAUACGAAGCUCGAGCUCUGUAUCCUCUGGUCCUCAACUUCCAAGAGAACGGCGGCAGUUAUGCUCUGGCCCGACUCACCCGUCCCAUGGACCUGGACGCCUUCACGGUCUGCAUGCACGUCCUGCCGCAGGUGGAGGGCGUCCACACCGUCAUGUCCUACUCCAGCAACGGCCACGACAACGAGCUGAUGAUCACCAUCGGCCAGGACCGAGGCGGGAACGAGGUGGGCCUCUGGAUCGGCAAUGAGUUCGUCAACCUGCCGCACAGCUUCAGGCCCCACGACUGGGCCAACUACUGCGUCACGUGGUCGUCCCACACCGGCGGCGCCGACCUCUGGAUCAACGGCCUGGUGGGCGAGCAGCGCUACCUGAAGAGCGGCUACACGGUCAGCCCCGGCGGCAUCUUCCUCCUGGGCAAGGACCAGGACGGACUGCUGGGCAUCUCCAACUCCGACGCCUUCGUGGGUAAGAUGACGGACGUGAACGUGUGGGACUACGUGCUGACCGUGGGAGACAUCCGGGACCAGAUGUCGUGCGAGAGCAACAGCACGGCGGUGGGGAACGUGUUCAGCUGGGGCUCCACCAAGCUGAGUCUGUACGGAGGAGUGCAGCUGGACACUCAGUACAGAUGUCAGUGAGAUCGUAAAACUCACUUCUUCCGUUUGUUUGUCGCAAUAAACCAAAAUAUCACUGCUCCUGGGUCUGCUGUUGAAACUCCUAUGAAAUGUACGAUAGGAGAAGAAGUUUGGCGAGAACCCGUGACUCUGUAUUUAAUGUAGUGUGUGUCAUUGCUUCAGUCAUGUACGCAUUCAGAUAUUUCCAUCUUCAA